AUGUGUAAACCGAAUCCAUUGAAAAUUGUGGAUAUAAAGCUGAAUUCAAAUGAGACUCCAAAAGAGUUUUUAAAUGCGUUAACAACUCAGGGUUUUGUUUUUAUAGAUGGACAUGACUUUACAAGCAAAGAAGUUAACACUCUUUUCCAACUAUCCAAGGCUUUCUUUGAACUUCCUAUGUCAUACAAAGAACAAUUUGCCAAAACAGAGGGAAAUACUGGGUAUAUUAGCUUUAACCGCGAGAACUUGGACCCUACAAGAAAGAAUGAUUUUAAAGAAGGGUUGAAUAUCAGUGAUUUGAACUUGGUUACUGGUGAGCCAAGCAGUGAAGCUCCUGUUCCCGAUUGGAUUAAAGAAGCUGAACGGUAUGAGUUGGUCACAUCUGUAAUAAGAAAAUUCAACAUUUUGACGUUGAAAUUACUUGAAUUAUUGGCAAUAGGAUUGAAUAUUGAUGAUACUGAAACUUUAAAGGGUCGCGACUGGUUUGUUUCAAGGUACAGGCCAGAUGCAAAGUCGGGUUCUACGUUGCGGUUUUUACAUUAUCCCAAACUCAACUUUGACAGCAAUCCAGUGGGAGAGGUUAGAGCAGGUGCCCAUACCGAUUAUGGGUCAAUGACGCUACUUUUCCAAAAACAAAAUCAAGAAGGUUUGGAAAUUUUCUCACAAAUAAGCGGGAAAUGGGAAAAAGUCCCGUAUAUUGAAACAGGCAAGUUCCCGGGUAUGGCUCCACCAAUAGUGAUGAAUAUUGGCGAUUUGGCAAGCUAUUGGACUGCAGGGUUACUAAAAUCAACUAUACAUAGAGUUAGAUUUGAAUCCCAGGAUGAAAAGCAAAGUGAAGAUCGCUACUCAAUUGUUUUCUUUAGCCAUCCUAAUGAUGAGACUUUGCUAGAACCAGUACCUAGUGACUUAAUCAAAAGUCGCAGCAAGAGUGGAGUCGCCAAGGACACGAAAUAUAUCACAGCAUUACAGCAUCUACACCGAAAGUUAGCAAGCACCUAUGAUGUUUGA